CGACUCGGUCGCCAUUUUGAUUGUAAUUUUGCCGGUAUUUGAAUCGAUUUUGGUAAGUUAUUUGCCGAAAUCUGAUAAAGAAAUGGCGUCUGAUAGUUCAUUAGAUCUUCCUCCGUUAGGACAACCACAUUUAUCGAAGCAAGAUAUCUCAUCAUUGAAUGUUGAGGARCUGAAUCCACUUACUCCAGAUGUAAUUAGUCGACAGGCAACCAUUAAUAUUGGAACAAUUGGUCACGUAGCCCAUGGAAAAUCCACAGUAGUUAAGGCUUUAUCAGGUGUACAAACUGUCCGUUUUAAAAAUGAACUCGAGAGAAAUAUCACAAUCAAACUAGGAUACGCAAAUGCAAAAAAAGAAGACUCCUUUCCUUGUGACAGACCAAACUGUCCUGGAAAAUUCAGACUCAUGAGACAUGUAUCAUUUGUUGACUGUCCUGGUCACGAUAUUCUUAUGGCAACAAUGUUGAACGGUGCAGCUGUCAUGGAUGCAGCUCUUCUUUUGAUUGCUGGAAAUGAGUCUUGUCCGCAGCCUCAAACAUCAGAACAUUUGGCAGCUAUUGAAAUCAUGAAACUAAAACACAUCCUGAUUCUACAAAAUAAAAUUGAUUUAGUCAAGGAAACACAAGCCAAAGAACAAUAUGAACAGAUUCUUAAGUUUGUCCAAGGUACAAUAGCAGAAGGAGCCCCUGUAAUACCAAUAUCAGCACAGCUGAAAUACAACAUUGAAGUUAUCUGUGACUACAUCUGUAGAAAUAUACCAGUYCCUUUAAGAGACUUCACAUCACAACCAAGACUUAUAGUCAUUAGAUCUUUUGAUGUCAAUAAGCCAGGCUGUGAGGUUGAAGAUUUAAAGGGUGGUGUAGCUGGUGGAAGUAUCCUCAGAGGUGUCUUAAAGGUUGGCCAGGAAAUAGAAGUUAGACCAGGAAUUGUAUCCAAGGACAAUGAAGGCAAACUUCAAUGCCGUCCCAUCUACUCGCGUAUAGUUUCUCUUUUUGCUGAACAAAAUGACUUACAUUAUGCAGUGCCUGGUGGCUUAAUAGGUGUUGGAACCAAAAUUGACCCAACAUUAUGUAGAGCAGACAGAAUGGUCGGGCAGGUCCUUGGUGCUGUAGGUGCUCUUCCUGAAAUUUACACAGAACUUGAGAUCAGCUACUUUCUCUUGAGGAGACUGCUGGGUGUGCGAACUGAGGGAGAUAAAAAAGGAGCAAAGGUUACAAAAUUAACAAAGAAUGAAGUUCUUAUGGUAAACAUUGGUUCAUUAUCUACUGGUGGUCGUGUCAUUGCUGUCAAGGCCGAUUUAGCCAAGAUUAUCUUAACUCAGCCAGUCUGUACAGAGAUCGGAGAAAAGAUUGCUCUAAGUAGAAGAGUAGAGAAACAUUGGAGGUUGAUUGGGUGGGGACAAAUACGAAGAGGUGUUACCAUCAAGCCUGAAUCCUAAACAAUAGCUGUCAAUCAUUAGACAAUUAAMACUUACUCGUCAUGUGACUUGUUUCUUCGUAUCAAGCACAUGUAUAUGUCAAUGGAAAUUGAAAAUUGGAAAUGGCUGCUUGACUCAAGGAAUGACACUCUGUUUUAUCGAUGGUAGACUGCAUAAAUGUACUUAUGYUUCUGUCUGUCUGACUGCCUCUUCAAUCUACCAAGAUUAUGAAAACGAUUUACUGGAUAAACGAUGCAACAACGAUGCCUACAGACAGACGAUAAAGUGACACUUGAGUUUAGUCUGAAAUACUUAGAACUUAAUUGAUCUCAAACAUAGCAUUUAGCCUGAUUGCAGUUGGAUCUUCUAUUUUUCCUUACCCUUUCGAAAAAGACWUCUGACUGCAUUCACGCUAAUGAUAUUCAAACGUGGCAACCUCUUCAUAAACGACCGGUCGUUGCACCAAUUUCAGGCUUCUUCCAAACGCGGCACAUCGGUGUCAGGAUGGGUUCUGAAUAAUAAUUGAGCUGCUGUAUUUAAAAAGUUCUGUAACCUUGGCUGUUCGACCAUGUCUACCUCAAAACGACAGGACAGUCGGAGAAUCGGGUGGAUAGAAUUAAAGAAAAUAACUCAAAUGUGAUGGAAAAUGCGUUGAUUUAAUAUAAGUUCAUUUUCACAGCGUC